AUGGGGGGAGGGGGGAAGGCACUGGAUGAAUCGGCCCUGGCAGGCACGGAGGAGGCGGAGGCGAUGUUCGCCCAGAGAGGGUGCUGCUUCUUUUGGGUCCCCCACUUCGGCGGCGAGAGCUCGGCCCCAGCAGCCGCCGCCGCACGCGGGGUGGGCGCGUGGGAGAGGAUCGGUGGCGCGGCCGGAGACGGGGGCGGCGCCGCCGCCAGCACAGCACCGAUGGAAGCGCCGUGGUGGCGCCGAGCGCUGACGAAGGUGCGCGAGUGGUCGGAAAUCGUGGCGGGCCCCCGCUGGAAGACUCUCAUCCGGCGGUUCAACCGCAGCCGGGGGUGGUGCGGCGGUGCGCGGGCGGGGAAGUUCCACUACGACCCGAUGAGCUACGCCUUGAACUUCGACGACGGCCGCGGCGGCAGAGGCCGCGGCGCCGCCGGCGACGACGGCGAGGAUGGGGGGUAUCCCAACUUCUCCGCCCGUUUCGUGCUGCCGCCGUCCCUGGGGAAGACCUCCGUGGACCUCGGCGGCCGGAAUGCGCCGGCCCUCGUCAGCUCCGGCUGA